AUGGCUACACUACUAGCGUCAUCAACCCCUAUACCUGAUUUGAGGAAAGAUACAAUAGUAUCUGCUGUUAUUUUUGAUCUUGAAAAAAGGAGGUACUUACAUCUCGCUAAUUUGACCAAAUAUUAUGUGUAUUUUAUUGAAGUGACAUUGAAGAGUGGUAAGACGUACCUCAUUGUGAGGAGGUACAGUCAAUUUGAUGAUUUAGAAAAAAAUCUUGAUGAUAGAUUCCCAUUAGAAGCAGGAAAACUGACGUCAGGAGUGAGAAAACUACCUUCAUUACCAGGUAAAAUUUAUCUGAAAAGAAGUGCAAUAAGAGAAGUUGCUGAUUUGAGAAUUCCUGAUCUAAAUAGUUAUCUCAAAAAAUUAAUUAAUAUGAGCUCAAGGAUAUCUAAAAGUGAUCUGGUUUUAAAUUUCCUGUGCCUCUGGUCAUCUGAUAUCGAUACACCUAUCAUUAAAGGGGCUGACGGUAAGGUCAAAUAUGUUGCUGCAUCUGAGAAGGCAAGAUUGAUGGCUCAACAGAGUAAAGGAAAUAAAGCACCAGAAAUCAAACCAAAAAGACCAUUAAUGGUCAGAGGUAGUUCAACUGAUCUAAAACCACAGACAUUGACUGGUCCAAGAGUGCAGGCACUUCAUGACUUCAAAGCUGAAAGUUCAGAUCAAUUGAGUUUCAAGAAGGGAGAUAUGAUAGCUUUGGUGUGCAGAGUAGAUGACAAUUGGCUGGAGGGUUCUCUAUAUGGAAAAAUUGGUAUUAUUCCUGUACCUUUUGUCAAUAUUAUUGAAGAUGUAAUUGAUGGUGGAUGGGAGGAUGAAUGGGAUGACGACAAUCCUACUAGUGUGAUAAGGUGUCAUUAUGACGGUGCUAUUAGGGAUAUAGAUGUUGACCCUAAACUUGCAGAGAUGCCAACAUAUCAAGAGCUCCUCGACACUGUCAGAAAAUCUUUGUCAUCCAGUAAUAUUGUGUUAAAUUAUCGUGAUAUUGAAGGUGAUUUAAUUCUGUUGAAAGACCAAGAAGACAUAGAUUUGUUAUUGGAAGUAGCUUCGUUACAUCCUCAGCUCGCAAUAUCUGGCUAUGUACCAUGGGAAUUACAUAUAACUAUGUCUGGCGACUGUUCACAGUACAAUACUGACCCAUAUGUGCAAUGGUAACAGUGUAGCUAUAGCUGAGUAGAUAGACAAAUAUUAUAGUUUUUAAUAGUAAAAAAAACUUGUUACUAUUUUUUUUAGUGAACUGAUUGUGGUAGAAAAUGUGAAAAAAAAUGUUGUGAUCAUUUUGAAUGAGAGUGUGUGAAAAUAAAUGGUUGUUGGUAUAUCAGUAUAGGUGCUUACCACCCACAAGUUACAAGCUUUUCAAUUAGCCA